UGAGGGAUCCAAUUACCACCUACUAAGUUACUCCAACUUAUGAUCCGAGGUGUAGCCUCAAACGCUUAAAGCAUUUCAUGACUAUGAACGGCAGUCCAGCAUCAUCAUGCAGUCGGUCAUGGUCCAUAAGUGAGGACUCGUUGAGAAGGUACGUGCACUUUGCCAGCGAAAGCUGCAUACAGGAAUUGUUGUCUGCCUCAGACUCCGACAGGUUUGGAGAUGGCAACGAUGUGUGGAAGGUGGUUACUCUUGACAAUGGAGUGGAGAUAUCAAAGCGCAGGUCUGGAUCCCUUUACACCUUUCGUAGUCGUAGGCUUCUCAGAUCAGUCUCGCCUCAGCAGUUCAUCACAGUUGCCAAUGCUAUAGAUGCUGCCAAGCAAUGGGAUUCUGACUUAGUGGAAGCCAGGUACUUAAAAGAUGUUGAUGAUAAUCUGAGCAUAAUCCGGCUGAGAUUCGGAGAUCAUUCGAAGCCAUUAUUCAGAAACAGGGAGUUCAUAGUUUACGAAAGGCGUGAAACCAUGGAAGAUGGCACCCUGGUAGUAGCAGUAGCUUCACUGCCAAAAGAGAUAGCAGCUGGAUUGCAGCCAAAGCAAAGCAAUUCAAUAAGAGGAUUAUUGCUGCAGUCAGGAUGGGUUGUGGAGAAACUUGAAGAUGACUCUUGUAUGGUCACUUAUGUUGUUCAGUUAGAUCCUGCUGGGUGGCUGCCCAAAUGCUUUGUGAACAGGCUGAAUACAAAGCUGGUUAUGAUCAUUGAAAAUCUUAGGAAACUAGCUCAGUCAUGUCCAACUGAGGCUGAUCAUACAUAAUUUCAUAUUUUUACAGACUGGGGUAAAAAGAAACUGAAGUUGCCACCUCUUAAUGAUAAUAUAUAUUUAUAUCAA